CAUCAUACUCUAAACCCCAUAUUACACUUCUAGUUGAAGAUCCCUUUGACAUCACACUCCAAUAAUCUCCAAGCGGCCAUAAAACAGCCAUCAUGUUUCCCCAUUCGAACAAACGACCGUAGCAGUCUAAAAAAAGCAUUCCAUUGUAACAUUCCCCGAUGAGAAUAACAUGAUCAAAACCAUACGCUUUAAUAUCUUCCAAAUAAGAACGGAUUUUUCGGAAUUUUGCAAUCUUUUUGAGUUACAUCAUUUUUUUCCCCCAUCGACACAUGGGACAUGGGUUCAUAAAAAAUUGUCCUUUAUAUUGACAAUAUUCUUGCGACACCAUAGCAAUAUCGGAAUAUUUGCCGCUCUCGAUUUCGCUAUUAAUUGGUUGUUCCUGUACACCAUUCCUUUCGUUAUUGUUCUUGUCGCUAUUCCACAGCGGACUGAUGUCCCGAACAUAAAUUUCACGAUCUUUCCUUCUUUCAUUGAUGCCAUUACAUUUACUGUUGUUGGGCGACCCAACGCAUUCGGUUCCAUCUCCGUAAUUUUGUCUGCCAAGAGUAGGGCUACUACGUCCCAUAUAGUUAUUAUCGGAAUUGGCCGACAGUGGGGUGGUUCUACCAACUUCCCCUGGACACCAUACGGAAGAUAAGUUCGAAGAUUCCUACAUAAAAAAUUUUUCGUUGGCUAUUCCUAUCAUUUCGAAAUAGUAAUAUAUAUAUAUAUUAUAAAUAAACUUUCUCGCACAUUUUCCUUUAAUGUCAUUUUUUUAAUGUCAUCUAACCAGGACCAAGCUUACAAAAAGUGGCAAGAUAGAAAUUUACUUGUUUUACUUUUGGAAAACAAAAGAAAUCUCAUACAAGAACAGAGUCAGGCGUAGUCCUACUUUAUCAAAUAGUUCUGACCGAAGAGUGAGGUCCCGUACGGGAUGAAGGGCGGAGUUCUAUACACGCAUAUUAGUUUUUAGUCUCUUCUUCGAAU